UUUGAUGAUUGAUGGAGAAGGGAGUUCAAAGAUGGAUAAUAGACAUAUCAAAGUGGAACCCAUCUUCCAAUGAUUUCUCUUUUGCUCUUUCUCUUCUUCCUCAAACCCAUCAUUCCUCCAUUACCAGAUACUGGUGUUUGAAAGAAGCAUAUGUCAAAGCUAUAGGGAGUGGAUUAGCAUAUGGAUUGCAUAAAGUGGAGUUUCAUCACACUAACUGGACGAGCAUAUCUGUUAAAGUUGAUGGAGCUACAAAUCAGCAAUGGAGAUUUUGGCUUUUCGAUUUGGAUAAAGGACACUCGGUAUCAAUUGCAAGAGGGCACCCGAGAUUGGCCAUUGAGAGUUAUAAGAGAUCAUUAAAACGAACAAAGUUCAAUGAAGAAGAGUACAAUGUGGGUCUUCAUCUUCCCAAUCCAAGGUUGUUUUUCACCUUCAUCUUUUUUUAAAGAACGUAACGGAAGUGAUGAAUGGUUAGUUUCAUGGCUGUCAACAAUGGCAUCUGCAAGUACUGAUCUCGAUUCUUCAUCUCAGGCUUCUGAAGCAGAAAACAUUGAAGAUCUCAAUGGUGACGAGCCGAUUUUCUGGCCAUUCGAGAGGAAAAUCGAUUGGAAAUCCGAGGAAACUUGGAAACACUUCACCAUGUCUCCUCGAAAAGACAUUAUAAAGGUUACAGCUCUUGAGGAAACCGUCAACACGGAUAAAAAUCUCCAGAAACCAAAACAAGGAAGCAAAGAUUGUCACAAUGGUGGCCACAAAAUCAGAGAGGGGAACACGAUGCCUUCAAGAUUGAGAGAAUCGACAAAAGUUUCGGCGAAAAUAGUGCCAUUAAACAUUGAAAACCAAAUUCUGGCAUUAAAAGUUGAAGAAGAUGACAUCAUGGGAUCAAUUUCAACUUGUAGAAACUUGUGGAAAGAUGAUUUUACAUCAAAUGGGGAUGUUCCAAUUGAAAAAGUUGUAGGGCUUGGUGAGUUUGAUGGGCAUGAAGGGAUUGAUUCAGAUUUCAAUGAAGGUGUAUUUUUGCUUGAUGAAGCUCUAUGAUUAUUUGUCUAAAUAUUGAAUUAGGUUCAUUAUUUGUUAAGUUUGAUCUUGAGUUUGUCAAAUUCAGGUAUUUUAAUGUACAAAUCUUGAACCGGAUUAGCUGGGGUAUUGGUCCGGAAAAAGUCAUUAAAUUGGUUGAUUCGAGAGUCGAUUUAACCGAGCAGAACAUUGGUUAAACUAGGCAGUUGAAUCAAAUUUUUUUAAAUUUUUAAUAAUUUAUUUAAUGAAACCAGACAUAUUAAUUGGAGCAAUAAAUAA